AUGACCACCGACGAUGAGAUCAUGAAGAAGAAGCUGCUCAUAGACGGCGACGGCAUCGGCGACGACCGCAAGCUGAGCCAGCUGAUCAAGUCGCUCAUCCUCUGGUGCUACAACGACGGCGCCGAGUCGGAGCUGGAGUCGGACCUGAGCGCGGCCCGCCUGCUGAUGGCCAUCGACCAGUCGGAGCUGGCGAUGGCCAAGUCGGUGCAGACGAUCCGCAUGAUCAGCAUCGAGCUGGAGAACUACGAGACGCUGUACCGCGGCAUUGAGCGCUCCAUCGCCGGCGCCCGCGAGAAGCUGGCCACCUGCAAGCUGGAGCUGGCGGAGGCGAAGCAGCACCGCUGCAACAAACUCGACUACGACUCGGUGGCCAGCAUCAUCGAGCACCACCCCAGCACGCAGGAGACGCAGCUGAAGCUGAACCAGCUCGAGGGGGAAAUUGCCUCGCUGCAGAAGAUCAACGCCCAGAUCGAGGGCAAGCUGGAGAAGCGGCGGCGGCAGUUUCAGCUGCUGCUCUCCGCCUCGCACCAGCUGCAGAGUACGCUCGAUGAUGAGGAUGGCGGCGGCGGCAUCGAGGAAGGAGGUCGAAAAGGUGCAAGAGGAGGAGGAAGUGCUGAAGGGGAGGAUGAUGAUCAUCAGCUUCGAAGUUCUCGAGAGGGAAAGACGACGCCGGAGGGACCGACGCCGCCGCCGCCCCUGCUAGCGACGGAAACUAAAGCUGAGGAGGCUGCUGCUGAACAACCACCUCCACUGCCAAUGGAGAUCACCGAGUCUUCUGCUGCUGUACCAUAA